GACCUCAGCCUUGACAUUUUUCCCCAAUGUGUCCCAACAGGUUUCAAUACCAAAGAGAAAAAAGUGAGGAGGGAGAUACCUGCAGGUCUGCUGAGACACCGGACAGGUUUAUCUGUCAGUGUAGACACACAGACACGGCCGCUGAUAUCCGGAAUAAAGUAUUGGAAUUCUGUCAAUCCCGAAUAUUGUGCAUAAAUUCCCACGACAGUUGCUCUGUACUACACUUUUAUUUUGAAAUGGAUGGUAACGAGUCCUUUUGAAUGAAACCAGUCUUAACGAAGUGCAAGUGAUACGUUCUUCCCCCCCUUGAUACCAGUGAUCCCAGUAUUGAUGGGCGCUGAGGAGUUGAACGGUGAGACACACUGUAUUGUAGUCAGACUGGUUGGGCGACCUGCUCACGCACACAACGCAAUCCCAGCUUACUGAAGCAGAGGCUGACGUCAACUCAAACAGUGGAAAAGAAAAUUUGAUUGACGGUGUUUUCUUUAGCGGGUGUUUGCUAAGACGGGUUAGUUUAAUAAAAGACUCGAGCAGCACCAGAGGAAAGUGUCUACAUCUGAGCGGAUCAAGUUCCUUUACAGCUCCACCUAAAACGUCUUCUGAUCUCCUCUCCCCAGCUGCGUAUUCAUAGAAAGCUGCUCUCACUUAAACUUUUUCUCACGCCAGAGCGGCUGACAAGGCGGCCAAAGAAUGACAAACAUCUCGCGAUUUCUCGUAAAUCACCUGCUGACGUUCUCACUCCAGGACGGGGAUGUGCAGGGUGUGGAGGAGGCCCAGGCACGUCUCUCCUUCCUGGCGCAGAACAAGAAGCUGUGGAGCCAACAGAUGUUCCUGGACGUCGGAGAAGAAGCUAUUUAUCUCAGGGACAUAAAGAGCUAUGAAGAGCUGGAGAGCUACUCUUUCAAAUCCGUCUACCGCUGCGAUGCCUUGAAUACGGAAAAACACUUCCCAUCCCUCCUCCUGCUGGUCUGCCAAAGUGCAGCACAAAAGAAGCCAGACAUCCUCUUCUUUAACUGCGAGACUGUGAAGGCGGAGGAAAUCUGUGAGGACAUCUCGCGCGCAGUCUCAGAUACCUCUAAAAGAAAGAAUAAGGAGCUCUCCGAAGUCUUGAGGCUCCCUCAGGGUGGGGGAGACAUGAUUGACCCCUAUGAAAUUCCGAGCCCACCGAUCCAACAUGCUCCAAACCCGCCACCAGCCAACCCUCCACCUUACCCAGGACUCAGAGCGAACGGCUUGAAUGGCGGGCCUGACAUCUCCUUCCUGCGAGCAGAGAGAGAAGUGGGGAUCCUCAAUCACUGUUUCGACGACAUCGAGAACUUCAUGGGCAAGCUGCAGCAGACAGCAGAGGCCGCAACGGUGCUCAACCAGAGGAAGAAGAAGAAGAAGAAGAGCAAAAAGCAGAGUGCUGAAGAGGACAUACUCACUGCAAAGGCUCGCCCGCCGCCAGAGGAGGAGUUCAUCAGUAUUUUCCAGAAAUUCAAAUAUUGCUUCAGCCUGCUGGCCCGUCUGAAAUCAUCCAUCUCCAAUCCCUCAUCAGAGGAGCUUGUUCACCACGUAUUCAAACCUUUGGAUAUGAUGGUGAAGACAACUGGGGGACCAGCUAUGGGAGCCUCAGUGUCCAGCCCCGCCAUGACCAGCUCUGCCAUCACCCUGCUACAAGACAACCUGAGCGAAGAGGAGAGGCAGCUUUGGACGUCUCUGGGUCCCAACUGGACACUCCCACGCUCUCAGCUCAGAGGGCCUGUAGCUCCAUACACCCCCGUGUUCUUGGAUGGUUGGAAGCCGGAAGCGCUGAGGGCGGACGGGCAGGUUUGGGAGGAUCCAGUUGAGUCAGAGCACAAAUAUGAGGACCUCAGAGUAAAACAAGAGCAACAGCCGCCUCAGCCAGUCGGACCUCUCUCCCACAUCAGUGAUGAAACAGACAGCAGCUCACUCCCACCAGGGUCUGAGAGACUCUACAGCUGCUCAUACGACUUCAUAGCCAGGAACAGCACUGAGCUUUCAGUGCAGCAGGGGGAGACACUCGAGGUGAUUGAAUCAUCCAAGCGCUGGUGGAAGGUCCGUAAUCGCUUCAACCAGAUCGGGUUUGUACCCUUCAACAUCCUGGAACCUGUGGCUCACAUUGACAGCCCCGUCUCCCACAGCCCCCCCAGUGCUCCAGCUCCGCCGCCCCUCGCCAAGACUUUCACCACAGUCCCGCCCAGCCCCCCUGCUCCACACCAGGCCCAUUCUCCCUCCCCCUCCCCCUCCCAGCAGCGCCUGCACAACUUACCUGCAUACAGCCAACAUAUACCAUCUCGGGAGGAAACGGAUAAUAAAGUCAUGCUGGUGAAUGACGAGCUGCUCCACAGGCUGACAAAUGGAAAGGCCAAUCUGAACAAACCUCUGGUCAUCCCUCGCUCCUCGGAGACCACCGUCCCUCUGGACUACCACUCUCCUCCAGAGGAGGUGGCCAAGUGGCUCCGAGGGAAGGGCUUCAGUGAACCGACAGUGACAUGUUUGGGAGUGCUGACAGGCGCCCAGCUCUUUUCCCUCAACAAGGAGGAGCUACGAGCUGUGAUUCCAGAUGAGGGCGCCAGAGUGUACAGCCAGCUCACUGUGCAGAAAGCACUGCUGGAGGAUGCCCGCAGAGCCACAGAGCUGGAGGCUGUCAUGGAGAAACAGAAAAUGAAGGUUGACCUGAAACUGGAGAGCAGCACAUUGUGAGCAGCAGGCGUUAAACACGAACAAGUGUCAGAUGAAGGAUCGAGUUCUUCCGGUGGUGUCCUCGCUGAAUAAUUAAUUAAAUUCGCACGAGAGCAAACGUGUGACAGCGACUCUCCAACAUGCUACAUACGUGUCAUAAUGAUGUAAUUACUUCACCAUAAAAACUGAAGUAUUUGGCAGCGAAUCAGAACUUUUAAGAUUUUAGUCGAAGCAGACGCUGUUCAGAUGAAAUGUGUUAACAGUGAAGCGCAUUAUUUCUGAUGUGUGUUGUUGAUGUUCAUGUUCAUAGUUUUCUGUCUCGUUUCUGCCGUGUAGGACCAACCUACUGUAUUUAUCUUUGUAAAAUACUUCAGCCAUGAUUAACAUGACAUGACCUUGGCAAGAAAGAGCAUCAAACAAUAAAGUUUAAAAUGAUGG